GUCUUCAGGGCGACCUCAUGCAUCCCUGCCGAUGAUGACAAUUGCGGUAACUGGAGUCUCAGCGCCCGCUCUCGCCACCUUUAUAUCUAUUACGUUGUUGUCACUGUCGGAGUCAUGGCAGAAUGCUGGUGUCUAUGUUACCCUAUAAAAUCACAGCUCUUCUAUCCUGGAACCGAGCUGUUGACAUCGCCAGUCCGCUAUCGUUAGAUUUGUCCUGCUGGGAUACUGUUCAGUGCUAGCGCUCAUCCACCUAUGGCUCCAUCCCCCGAAUUUAUGCAAGACCUCUGGGUGCGGAAAAUAUUCUCUACAAUUGGCCAUACGCUGCUUGUCUACGACUAUUGUCUAACUCUCGAAGAUGAAGUUUAUUAUAUCUGGAACAGCCCCUGGACCGUCGUAAAAGUCAUGUUCCUUAUCAACCGGUAUGGAAACCUUAUUGGGCAGACAUUCAUCCAGUUAGAAGAGACCGGUCUCAUUUCGCAUGGUUCUCAAUUCUGCCAGCGCUUCGCAUUUGCAACCGCUUGUUUCAUGGCUCUGUCUGCAGAGUCGAUUCAUAUAAUUGUGCUCAUGCGUACGUGGGCCAUCUGGGGAACCCAGAAGCGCGUGGCAAACAUCCUCAUCUGGAGUUACGUCUCCUACAUCCUUGUGAUGACGGGCACAGCAACGCAUGGUGCAAUCACCAGUCACCUCCAAUUUGCACAGCUCGACGUGACCCACAUCUGCGUCACGGACGCACCAAUCCAUUACUUCAAAGAUUAUAUAUGGUUGAUCUGUUGUGGAAAGGAAUUUCGGUCUCUCUACCCUUCUGAUCUCCUCCAUAUACUCGUUCGAGAUGCAAUCAUAUUUUUCAUCCUUAUCACAUUACUGAAGAAAAAGAAAAGGACUGUAUACGCGGACGAUCCAAAAUGUUUCAUUGCUAAAGGGUUUGCGACUCCAUUAAUUUCAGUAGCUGGUCAACGCCUAGUCUUGAACUUGAGAGGUUCAGAAGGGCGUACCUAUACGACCCGGGAUCUCAGUCGUGAGGUAGACCGGCAACUUGAAGCAUUCGUUGCUACAGACUCUCCAUGCCGAGACGACAUGGGACACCCCGAAAGUGGGCAAAAAUAA